UCAUUUCACCCUAACUUUUUUUGUAAAAAUGCCAACAGUUCCUCCACCGCCCUAUCACCAAGAGUGGGUUGUGCCGUUUCACUGGGUUGAAAAAUGUUUAUUUAGACAAGAGAAGAUACGAACACUGAGUCACAAUCACGGCACAAUUCCACCGGGACGAUAACAUAUACCAGAAACGCCAUUUCAACAAGAAGAGUUGGGUUACGGAGCCAAAAGAAAAGGUCGACAGAGGUCACACAUUUAAUGCCUGCAUGUCAUCUCAAGCAAACCUCGUCCUCCUGCUGCCUUUCUCAACGAUAUUUUUUCAACUUUCAGGAUGCGUAAUGACCUUGCGAAUAAAGAAAAUAUGCCGAAGCAUUUAGCGUAAAGGAGUAAAUCUUUUACCCGAAUAUAACUGAACGCUUACCAAAUUUUUCUGGAAGCUUAGAUUUGGAGCCAAAAUCAUGAGCUUUCGCAUUCACGACGGGCAGACGGUGGUCGGACGCCACCCCCACACAUAGUGGGUUCGUGCCAUUGUUGAAUGUAUCAUCAUCAUCGUCACCAUCAUAAGUAAAUCCUCUUCUUCAGCGGCAGGGGACAGACGCGUUCAGGUGCGUGUUCUUUCCUCAACUACAGGUGCUUAUAUAUUAGGCCAUUGGCCGUUUCGCACGCUGAACGCGCUAAUUCUGGUCAGACCGGCGAGACUGGGCAACGUGAAUUAUGCUUGGUCGGUACUUUGGAAUGCCGAAGCGUUGAGCAGGCCGGUGGGUAGGCCUAACAGUUCGGAGUGAACGCCGAAGCUUUUUUUUUUCUUUUUUUAACAGCGAAGCUGUAUACCUCUAGCGUCCAAGUAAAUGUUCGUGUCGUUGUAAGCACAAAUAUCCCCAUACGUGGCCCGAUGCUGGAGAUAGUGCAAUGCCGGGCCGACCCACGGCGGAGGUGCAGUUCGCCUUUAAGGAGCACACAUAGAUAUAUAGCUUCGCUGGUCAUCCUUCUUCACAACGAAGGCACUGAGUUUAUUUUUCUUUCAAUUUUCGCCGCUUUCUCGCUUGCGAAAGCUCUGCUCUAGCUACUGAAGACGAAUUAAUUAUUGCAGAAGCAUUACCUAUCAACCUAAGCUCGAGAUAAAAAUUGACAGUCACUUUAGCAUACGCCAAAGAGGAUGAAGGCGACAGCCUGCAUGCUGAAGAGACAUUCGUUAGAUUACUUGACAUUCUCAUUCGAACGCAUUAAUUUGUUACUUAUUACUUGUUUUCGCCCACCAAGGGUGGUGGGUUCGAGUGCCUUAAUUGAGGUUACCUUAACUAUAUGUCUUAGUUAGCUUCGCCUUAAUUAACGCCAAAUGUCAUUGGUUCGAGUGCCUUAAUUAACUCUACCUUAAUUAACACGAUGACGACGGUAACCCGCGCACCAUGAAAAUUGUUGCGUGAGUGUUUGCAUAUACGUAAUACAUACGAAGCCGCUGAGGUCACGUGACUUUUCCUGCCAUUCGUGUUGACGGACAACCAUGCGACGGUCACUUUUCCCGUUGAGACACGUCAGGCUUUCGCCCUGACAUUUUCCUUUGGUGUGUUCCGUUAAACCGAGUGUAUUCUGCAUGCAACGUUAGCGAGUCUCGGUUAGCGUGAGAUUUAUGUCACUGUCUCCCUCGCCGCUUGCAGUUCGAAGCUAUGUCGCGUGCGAGAGCAGCGUUGGUGCCCUUGCUUGCCUUUUGCGCGUCGUACCUGUAUCUCUACGCGAACGUAGUGGAACAGGACCACAGCUGCCGAUACAAGAGGCCACCUCGCCUGCGAUCGUGGGCGACACCUCCACGACUCGAUAGGACCAACGACACCACGAACGACACCGAUGCUCAUCCGAACACUCCUGGUCGCUACGUCCCUUACUACUUGAGGAAGAGGCCUGACAAUUCUACAGAGAUGCCGAGGAUCCUGAUCUGGACCUCACUCCAAGGUUAUUGGUUUCCCGAUAGCAGGACGCGAGGUAGCGGGUUGACGAUAUACUGCGGCGACGUGAAGUGCCUGCUCACCUACGACAGAUACUCGCUGGACUCGACCGAAGCCGUGCUGUUCUACGGCUCGGACUUGGACCUCGGCGACAUGCCACCGUACCGUGCGCGGGCCCAGAAGUGGGUCUUCUGGACCAUGGAAGCGCCUAACAGCGACACCAACGAGUUGAUGUUACUCGGCCCUGCUAUCAACUGGACGCUUACCUACAGGCUAGACUCGGACUUCAAAGACACCUACGGUUGGACCGCCGAGCACGAGAAGCCCGUCGAAUACUCCAUGGAGGCACUGCGGCGUCUGUGGCAGGGGAAGCGCCGGAUGGCCGUCUGGCCCGUCAGCCACUGCCACACUUACUCAAAGCGCGAGCUGUUCGUCAGAGAGCUCAGAAAGCACAUCGACGUUGACAUUGUUGGCAAGUGCGGGAAAGAGGGAUGCCGGCGCGAUUGCUGGCACAACUUCAGCAGCCAGUACUUCUUCUACCUGUCGUUCGAGAACAGCCAGUGCCGCGACUACGUGACCGAGAAGCUGUUCAACCCGCUCGACCACGACAUCGUGCCCGUCGUGUUUGGCGGUGUCGACUACGCUCAUUUCGCGCCCCGGGGCUCCUACGUGGACGCGCUCUCCUUCAGCUCCCCCGAAGCACUGGCGCGCUAUCUGGUGGCCACGUCGCGCGACUUUGGCAUGUACGCGCGCCACUUCGCCUGGAAGGGCCGUUACAAAAUAAUGCACUGGGGCGGCUGGAAUUUGUGCCCCGUCUGCCGCGCGAUCCCCACCGACGCCUUCAGAAAUCACAGCCACUACCACGACAUAUACCACUGGUACAACACGAUGGCACGCUGCCGUAGCUGGGACCCGCGAACCUUCAAAACGCGGGCCUCAGCAAGUAACCAAAGAUGAAGGCGAUCCCUUAUUUGUGGCACCUUUCAUCUUGUUUUUUUUCUUGUUAUUUAGGGGCUGGGGGUUAUUUUUGCAAAGUGUGUGUGUGCUACAACAGACAGUGGAAGGACAAUGUAUGUCUCGUCGAUGUUGUCUCAUCCAUUUCUUCGCUUUUUUGCUUAUAUAUGUUGAAUAAAACAGAAUUUCCAAUUA